CGUGACGUAUAGGCCCUACUGAACGUUGAUUCGUUGAAUUUGCCAGACUUGUCAAACACAUUAGCCUUACAGGAAUUUGCUGUGCAUGAAGAAAUAUACGAUAUUGCGAAAUGGGAAGAUCUUCAAGCAGAUCCAAAAGUCGCAGUAGAAGUGGGAGUGGAGGUAGCAGAAGCAGAAGUGGUACACCUGAUAAAAAUGAUCGUAAAAGAAGAAGUUAUAGUCGUAGUCCUUCUGAUGAUGAGAACAAAUGUCGAGUUCAUAUUGCUGACUUAGGGCUUGAUCCUUCAAAAUCAGAAAUUUACAGAGCUUUUGAAAAAUUUGGGCCUCUAAGAGAAAUAUGGGUUGCAAGAAUCCCACCAUGCUUUGCUUUUGUUGUAUACAAGUAUAAAGAUGAUGCUUGUGAAGCUGUUAGAAAAAUGGAUGGGGAAUCACUUAAUGGUAAAAGAAUUAGAGUUUCCAUUGCCAAGCCACGCAUGAAAGGAGCUCGUAGCAUGCCAAGUGGUGGAGGGAGAAACCGAAGAUGCUAUGAUUGUCUAGAAUUUGGUCAUCUUGCUCGAGAUUGUGUUAAAGGUCGUCGUCGUAAUAGAUCACGUUCUAGAUCAAGAGACCGCUUUGAUAGGCGUAGAUCAAGGUCCAGAUCUCGCAGUGGCAGUCGUUCCCGCAGAAACAGAAGCCGCAGCCGUCAGCGAGAUAGGAGUGGGAGUCGAGAUAGGAAAAGAGAUAGAAGAAGUUCUAGUAGGGGUAGGGAUAGAGGAACACGAAACAGAAGCAGAGAUAGAACUGAUACUAGAGAUCGUAGAGACAGGAGUAAUAGUCGGGAUAGGGAAAGAGAAGAUAAAAAAGAUAGAAGUGCAGACAAAAACAUAUCUGAAGAUAGAAUAAAAAAUGAAACAGACUCUAAAAGAAGUGAAGAUAAUGAUAGAAGUAGUAGGGAAAAGCGAAGCCAGAGUGAAGAAAGGUCUAGAAAAAGUGCUAGCCCUGACAAAAAAAGCGUUAGUCCUAAAAGAGAGCAUGCUAGCCCUGAUAGAAAAAGUAUCACUCCUGACAAAAAAAGUGUCAGUCCUGGCAGAAAAAGUAUCAGUCCAAGCAGAAGAAGUGUCAGUCCAAGCAGAAGUGUCAGUCCAAGCAGAAGAAGUGUCAGUCCAAGCAAAAGUGUCAGUCCAAGCAGAAGUGUCAGUCCAAGCAAAAGAAGUGUCAGUCCCAACAGAAGAAGUGUCAGUCCUGACAGGAAAAGUGUCAGUCCUGACAGGAAAAGAGCAGAAAGAAGUGAGAGUGAAGAUAUUUCUGAACCACCCAGUCGUAAAAGAAAAAGUAGUGAAAGUGAUCAUGAUCGUAGCAGAAGUGCCAGUCCCUCAUCUCCUAAACAAAGAGCCUAUGAAGAAGAUGAUGAUCAAAGAAUGGAAAGUCCCAGAGACCAAGAAGAUUCCAACAAAGACUAUCAGGAUGAUGAUAAUUGAGAAAGUUGAUUAAUAUUGUCCUUGUACAUACUAUGAAUGGAAGAAAUGUAUGCCAGUGUGCUGUUUGUCUUUUAUGUUAAAAAAUAUCAGAUGAAUCUAUUGCAUUGCUUGUAAUAUCCACAUUUUAAGUUCUCAUUGUUAUACUUCCCAGAUGUGAAAAAUGUCUCUGACUGUAUAGCUUAAAUUUAAAAAGCAGAUUUUUCCAUUUGGAAAAUUGUAAUUUUGAUAAUUGUUAUUCUUAGUUCAGUAUUGAUGCCUUUUAUUUUUGUCAAUGUAACUUGUCUUACAUUACCUAUGGCAAUUUUGUUCACAAAAUAAAUGUAGCAAUCGCUUUCUGGUCAAUGAUUGCAUAGGUAUUCUGUAAUUAUUCUAAGCAGUUAAAAUUAAAGUGUUCAUUUAAAGUAUG